AAACGUAGCAUCAGUAUUGAAAGUCUUUAAACAGUAACACGAGUUUCCCACGAUUAAAUACGAAAUGUUUAAAGUCUACUUUCUUUUCCUCAUGGCGGGCUCAUUGUUUAGCCUUCUGGCAGCCCAGUCUAUUAGCAUAGAUCUGUUGUGUUCCUUGGCACCCAAUACCACUAUUCUACAACCCCAUAGUUGUACAGAAUGGUUAAAAUGCCCCAGUACUAUAGAAGCAUCAGACAUGGAAACGGGUUCUUGUGUAGUUGGCCUGUACUUUAACAAAAAUACGGGCAAAUGUGACUAUAAGGAGAAUGUUCAGUGCCCCUUUGAAAUUAGCUUCAAAAAUCGUUGUUCUCCGGCAACUGAAGGCUCAUUCUUGGUAGAUGAGAACAAUUGCAGUGGUUACAUCUAUUGCCAAAAUGGUGGUAGAAAUGAAAAUCAGUUUGCCCCAACAAUUUAG